GCCAUCCUUUGAGAAGAAGAAGUGUUCCAUACCGCGCUAGCUGGCAAGCCUCGCCAUCAUCUACCUCGAUUAUUGUGCACCCUUCGUACCAGUAAUAGGAUGACUGGUAUUCUAUCCUUGUGGAUAUUAAUGCUUUACCUGCCCCCACUUGGUUGUGGCCGGAAAUUGAACAUAUUCGUGCGGCAUUUCGAACCAUUGUCGUACAAUCGCCUUGCCAUUCACGGCAAACAUGUGCGGACAAAACGCACUCCUUCGGACGACCAGCAUAUCCACAUUCGCAUCCGCGGAUUCAAAAGGUACUUCCACCUGCGACUCGUGCCAGACACGUCAAUGUUCCACAAGGACUUCAUUAUGGAAACAACUACUAGGGGCGUAGUUCCAGCGGACAUUAGUCACAUUUAUAGUGGCCACAUCGCCGGGCAGCCAGAUAGUCUUGCGUACGGAGCUCUCCACACCGGAGUGUUUGAGGGUAAAAUCCAGACGGCGAAUGACACCUUCUACUUUGAAUCUGCCCGGAAGUUCUUCGAUCGUCCAACCUCUUUCCAUUCUGUUAUGUACUCCGAAAAAGACGUCAGCUUCCCGCAAAAUAAAAAGACUGGAAGCUUUUGCGGCCUCCAUGGUGCCACCGAACAAUGGAUGGACAGAAUCCUUGAGCAGUCAAGUCCAUACAACCGUAAGGAGCUUAUUGGUCGUAGCAGUCAUUCGCCCUGGUACAGACGACAUUUGCUCUCUCAUGAUACCGAAAACCUGGAGAGCACGAAAAGUGACACAAACAGCCAGGACAGAAACGCUACCCGACGAUCAGCGGAGGCUUCUAGACGUGCGUGCAACCUGGAGAUCAACGUGGACCACACGCUGUACGAAAAAAUAUCGCAAAGGGGAAUGAUGGAUAGUCAGCAAACCAGGGAACAAAUUUCCAGCUUGAUUGCCACGCAUCUCCACAAAGUCAACCAGAUCUACCCCCGAACGAACUUUGAUGGAGUCGAAGACAUUAUGUUUACCAUACACCGCGUAAAGAUCAAUGACUCUUCGAACUGCAUUGGGAUGGCUGCAAGCACAAACCCGUUCUGCUCAAAUGCCAUUGAUGCCGGGCGCAUGUUACAUCUGCUGUCGCUGAUAAACCACGAUGAUUUUUGCUUAUCGUACGAAUGGUCUUACCGUGAAUAUUCUGACGGUGUGCUCGGCUUGGCCUGGAUAGCGAGACCACAAUUUGGUAGUGGUGGCAUUUGCGAGAAACAGAAGACAUCUUUCGACUCAGGAGGGGGUACCCUGGUGGAAUCUAGGAUGAGUUUGAACACUGGAGUCGUAACAUUUCUCAAUUUCAACUCACAUGUGCCGCUAAGGGUCAGCGAGAUAACGUUUGCCCAUGAAAUAGGGCACAACUUUGGGUCACCGCAUGAUGACGGCAAGGAGUGUGCGCCAGGCAAACCUUUUGGAAACUACAUUAUGUUUGCUUCUGCAAGCCGGGGCAACCGAAGAAACAAUGAUAAAUUCUCGCGUUGCAGCAUCGCCAAUAUAUCGCGCAUCGUCGUGCCAUUGUUCAGGGGAGAAAGUGCACGGGAGAAUUGCUUUCAAGAGAGCGUUGAAGCCAUAUGCGGCAAUAUCAUGACAGAAGGCAAAGAGCAGUGUGACUGUGGCGUUGACGAGAGCGAAUGCAGAGACAGGUGCUGCUAUCCUCGGCACAAUGCUGGAAACCAUCCUGGUUGCACCCUCAGGCCUGAUGCGAAUUGCAGUCCUAGUUCUGGACUGUGCUGUUCAGAUGACUGUGCGUUGUUGCCUCGAACCACUGUGUGCGGCAGAGAGACAGACUGCGCGUAUUCAGUCACCUGCGAUGGUAUAUCAGCAAAAUGCCCGAAGCCAAAUGAAAAGGCCAAUAUGACGCUCUGCAACAACGAUACUAUGGUUUGUGUUUCUGGUGACUGCACAGGUUCCAUAUGUACGGCCUAUGGAAUGGAAAGCUGUUCCCUUAUGCAACCUGAAUAUCCACGAGAAGACCUCUGUCUAAUCGCCUGCAAAAAUGCAAACGGACAGUGUCGUUCGGCGUGCGACUUCCCAAAGAUGAAGCAUCAGUGCGGCAAAUACCUGACCCCAGGAACGCCAUGCAACGAACUGACCGGAUAUUGUGACGUGUUUCAUCGUUGUCGGGCAAUCGACGCCGAAGGUGCACUCACAAAAUUAAACGAUCUGCUCUUCGGAUCAAGCCCAAAGAGCCUGCUAACUUUUCUCAAGGAACAUGUGUUUGUGUCCUUGCUACUGGUUGCGGGGCUGGUUUUCAUCUUCGCUCUAUGUUUCCGAUACUGCGCUGUGCACACGCCAAGCAACAACCCGCGAAAGGAGCCAGUCUACGUACUCAAGACGAAACUCAGGUCAAAAUCAAAGUCGAGUUUAAUGUCAAGGUCAGGAAGCCACUAUUCUGCUUCUAGGUACAGUGCGGUUACAGAUGAAGUACACCGCUGACAGAUAGCCCUAAAAAGAUAUAAAAUUGAAGCGCAAUGAAGCAUCUAUCUCAAC